AACAAUGUGUCUGGGAGGCCGUGGUCCAAGGCCAGUUUUGCUGACAAUAAGCAGAGUGUCCAGAACCAGAGGGAACACACAGCUCUUCUCAAAACUGAAGAUGUUUAUGCUCAAGAUGAAACUGAAUUUUGCCUAGGCAAGAGAUGUGCUUACGUGUACAAAGCAAAGACUAACACAAUAACUCCUGGUGGAAAACCGAACAAAACCCGGGUAAUCUGGAGGAAGGUAACCCGCACUCCUGGAAACAGUGGCAUGGUUUGUGCCAAAUUCCGAAGCAACCUUCCUGCUGAGGCCAUUGGACACAGAAUCCAGGUGAUGCUGUACCCCUUGAGGAUUUAAACGUAUUGAAAGGUGA